CCCUUGCUGUCUGCUGGGACAUUUCUCUUCUGGGAAGCCUUAGAGUCCCAUGCUGGGUGCUGAGCGAGCAAGGACAUGAUUUCCAGGAGCUACAGCCUAAUGAGAAGACAAAGCUGAUACUUCGCAGAGGCCAACGUGGACUUAAAGGGUGGAAGGUGUGACCAUACCAAAUGUCCCUCCGAGUGGCUGCUGCAGGUUGCCUGGCUCAUGAUUUCCCUGUACCUCCAGCCAUCCCGUCCCCUGGCCUCCACCUCCUGGUCUCAGCUGCAGCUCAUCCCUCAGCCCUGCAGUGCUCCCGCUGACCACCUACAACGCAGUCUCUUCCAGGGCACAGAGAAGGGGACAAUUUCAGGUCUUUUCUCUGGUCUACCCAUCUGGCAACAUUACCAGCAUCAGUACUUUUGCUUGGUCCAGAGUUCAAGAAUGUUACUUGUACCGUCCUUGAGCUAUUCUGUGAGUAAAAGAGGCCUUUGUGGGCUGGCGGGAGCCUCUGUAACCCUCAUCAAGGGCCUACAUAUGCCAGAGACUGAGGAGGAGCCUGAGACUGUCUGUGGACCUCCUGUGAAUAUCAGAAACCAUAUUUUGGAGGGGUUAGAAGAAGGGGAUAUGGUGUUCACAUUUGCUUCUAUUGGAUUCCAAUCAAUCUUCCCUUGGAGACAUAUACACCCUGGCAAGUGAUCUUUCCUAAGCAAGAACAAAACUAUUAAAAAGGAUUCCAUCCAUCUCCUCCUUCCCUGUGCCCCAACUCUGCUGGUUUCUCAUUCCGUGAAGAUGGUUUGGUGGAAGAAGAAGCCCUUUCAGCAGCAUCACCUGUGGGCCCUGGGCUGCUAUAUGCUGCUGGCCGUGGUUGCUCUGAGGUUUUCUCUCAGGUUGAAAUGUGACUUUGAGUCCCUGGAUCUGGAGUCCAGGGACUUUCGGAGCCAGCACUGUAGGGACAUCUUGUACAAGUCCCUGAAGCUGCCAGCAAAGAGAUCCAUCAACUGUUCUGGAAUCAUCCGAGGGGACCAGCAGGCAGUGACAGAGGCUCUCCUGGACAACCUGGAGGUCAAGAAGAAGCGGGAGCCCUUCACAGACACCGACUACCUUAACAUGACCAGAGACUGUGAGCACUUUAAGGCCGAAAGGAAGUUCAUACGGUUCCCUCUGAGCAAAGAAGAGUUAGACUUCCCUAUUGCAUACUCUAUGGUGGUCCACGAGAAGAUUGAGAACUUUGAAAGACUGCUGCGAGCUUUGUAUGCCCCUCAGAACAUAUACUGUGUCCACGUGGAUGAGAAAUCCCCAGAAACUUUCAAAGAGGCAGUCAAGGCGAUUGUGUCGUGCUUCCCAAAUGUCUUCAUAGCCAGUAAGUUGGUUCGGGUGGUUUAUGCCUCCUGGUCCAGGGUGCAGGCUGACCUAAACUGUAUGGAGGACUUGCUCCAGAGCUCAGUGCCAUGGAGAUACUUACUGAAUACAUGUGGGACGGACUUUCCUAUAAAGACCAAUGCCGAGAUGGUCCUGGCCCUCAAGAUGUUGAAUGGGAAGAACAGUAUGGAGUCAGAAAUACCUACUGAGUACAAAAGGUCUCGCUGGACAUAUCACUAUGAGGUGACAGACACAUUGUACAUAACCAGCAAGAUGAAGGAUCCUCCCCCGGAUAAUAUACCUAUGUUCACAGGGAAUGCCUAUAUUGUGGCUUCUCGAGAAUUUGUCCAGCACGUCUUGGAGAACCCCAAGUCCCAACGACUGAUCGAGUGGGUGAAAGACACCUAUAGCCCUGAUGAACAUCUGUGGGCCACCCUUCAGCGUGCACCAUGGAUGCCGGGUUCUGUUCCCUACCACCCCAAGUUUCACAUCUCCGACAUGACAGCCAUUGCCAGGCUGGUCAAGUGGCAAGGCCAUGAGGGAGACAUCAGUAUGGGGGCACCUUAUGCACCUUGCUCUGGAACCCACCAGCGGUCUGUCUGUGUUUAUGGGACGGGGGACCUGCAUUGGAUUCUUCAAAACCAUCACCUGUUGGCUAACAAGUUUGACCCAAAGGUGGAUGACAAUGUUCUUCAGUGCUUAGAAGAGUACUUACGUUAUAAGGCCAUCUAUGGGACUAAACUCUGAGAUACCCUAUCAGAGAAGUGCUACCUGUGGGGCAGGAACAUGUGCAAACAUGCCCAGGGGGUGCUGGGACAGUGAGGUGGGGGACCAGGGCUCUGGAAUUCUUGGCAUCCCCAAGUCAGGGGGUUGCUAUGGGAGUGUGGGUAAGUAGAUCUCCUGCCUUACAACUUGCUGUCCCGGGUGAACACUGGGUGUGCACUCACCCCACUCCUAAUAGCUUCCCCACUGACAUUCUCACAGAGUCAGAGUAAGAGCCAGCUAUUUGGGAGAGGAAGGGAGGGCAGUGUGGCAGGGGACCCGGAUUUCAGUUGAAUGCUUGGUGUCUGCUUUUCUACUCUGUGGAGACGCUGGUUCUAAUAAUUCUAGGCUUGGUAGUGGGGGUGGGGUGGGACUUUAAUGGAAAGAGAGGGCCUUUUGUAUUAUUAACUUAAAAAUAAAUAGCUCUUGAUUCAAAGCCCUUACCUCUGCUUUUUGUCUAGUAAGCCAGAAAUAAGAUAAAAGUGGAACACUUUUUCUCGUAACUAAUCUCCAUUAUUCCAAAGCGCUCAUGGCAGGGUGUCUAAAUAGCAGAUUCAAAAGAAUAUAGAGGAACAGAACUGAUUCUUUCAUUAUUAAAAGCCCUCCUCAUUUCGUUUACAUUGACAGAUUUAUGACUUCUCUGUAAGGGAAAAAGCAGGGCAGUUUAACCAAUGUGACCACCCAUAUCCUUAUGAGACAGUUAACAGCACUAAUUUGCCAGCUUCACAGCCAAAGCUUAAUGUUCUAUAACAAAGAUAAUAGCAAUUUAGGUAAGGCCACCAUAUAAUUUAUUGUCCAAACGGGAACACAUUUCAGUGGGGGCAGGGUGCUGCACUAGUAAUAGUUAUGUUGGGAAACAAGAAUGAACUAGGACCAUCUUGCUAAAGCAGGAAGCCUGGGCAUCCCAAGUUAGGCCUUGUCAGUCAAACGUCUGUCUGAAGUAUAGGAAUGGGAGUGUCACUAUUUGUAGUUCUGGGAUUUAUACAUUUCCUUGUGGGGAGACCCGUUGUGUGUGCACCACCGUCCAACCUCUCCCCCACCCCCAACAAAUGUUACCCAGUGAAAGGUUUCUUUCUGAAGCUCCAGAGACAAGUAUCAGACAAUUGGAAGGCAACUGGCUCUUUGUCUGUGAGGGGCGGGGGAUGUUCUAUAAAAAGACAGGCAUAUCUUAUACAGAGCGCAGCUGAUCUUCUGCUUGCACUGUGCUCUGGAAAAGGGAUGGAUGCACAAGUUGAAUGAUCCUGUGAGGUCAUGAUGUCACUAACGUGUUCAUCUCUGAUUGUGAUUCACUUAAUCAAGUUUUCUCUCAGUCGACUUUCCCUGCCAUCCACGUAUUCUGACACAGUUAUCACUGUGUCUGACACAGUGACUCUUUUGUUUGUCAGUUGUUACUUGUAAGGUCGUACCCCCCGGUGAUGGGCACCGCCACCCCACCUUACCUACGCCGCAGUACUUUUCCUCUUCGCCGGCUCCCAGCCCCGCCAGAGACGACCAGUGAAUAGUCACGUGCUCAGCAGAUGAGCCCUGUGAGGUCCGUCCCCAGCUGUGGGGAUCAUGGGCCUCUCCAGCUACUAGCCUUUGUGACUGUCCUUGUUCCUCCUGGGGGGUGGGGGGGGGUGGAAGGUGGUGCCCUGCUGCUGUGGGAAGUGGGCACAUGUUCCCCUGCGUG